AGAAGCAUUUCCAUCCGGGGAACUUUGUACCGCGAUGCCAAUAGCAACGCUUUCUUUUUUCUAUAAGAUGGAUCAUCUGCUGUCACUGGCAUCGUUUCUCCAUCACUCUCCACAAGAUCUAUUGUCUAUCUCUUGAUACCCAUACCAUUUGUGCAAUCUCUCGUCAACAUCCUCCCUCCCAAUGGAGAAGCCUGAAUCAACCGCUCACGUCGAGCGAUCAGACUCCAAAACCGUCCACGUCUCGCCAGACCACACGCGCGGCCAUGCCAUCCAACACCAAGAACACAACCGAACCUACCUCCAGACCCUCAGGAGAGAUCCAUGGCUUCUCCUCUGGAUUGGAGUCAUGCUUUGGACUCUCAUCGUCCGUGGUUUCGAGAACCAGUCUUCUGGUUCCGUGAUCAGCAUUCCUGUGUUCAAAGAGCGAUUCGGCAAACAACUCGACGACGGUUCAUACUUCAUCGAGACGAGCUGGCAAUCUGCGCUCAGCGGUGGCUCCAAUGGUGCUGCGAUCUUUGGAGCCUGGGCCUCAUCAUACUUUGCUGAUCUGAUCGGCUUCAAACCGGUUAUCCUGAUCGCAGCUGCUAUCAACAUUGGAUCAGUUGGCGUUGAAUUCGCAUCUACAUCUAUCGAAAUGUUCUUCGCUGGCAAGAUGGUCAAUUUCGUUGCCAUUGGCGCGUUCCAGAACCUCUGCACAGCGUACGUAGCUGAUGUCUCACCCCUUGCCAUUCGAUCUACCACCAUUGGUUUCUGCAACCUUGCUCAAUGCAUUGGCCCCUUUAUCUCGGCGAUCCUCUCCAACUUCAGCUCGCAAUGGGAAUCCAAUUGGUCCUGGCAGUCUCUCGUCGUUGCUCAAUGGGGCUUCGCUGGUGUUGCUUUGAUCGGCCAACUCUUUAUGCCUGAGAGUCCUGUCUACCUGGUUCGCAAGGGGAAGAUGGACAAGGCGCGUAUGGCUCUUGAGCGCAUGUACUCAGACCCCGAAGACGCGUCUGGUCAUCUUGAACGUAUCAAGUUGACUCUUGAAGAAGCUGACUCAAAGAAUCUUGGCUCAUACCUCGAUUGCUUCAAGGGCACCAACCUCCGACGAUCUCUUAUCGCCAUCAUGGUGUUCCUUUCUGAGCCCAUGUCUGGCCUUGGGUUCGUCUCCAAUUACGGCGCCCUUAUGUACCAGUACCUUGGAAUCAGCGACAAGAAGUCCUUUGAGAUUCAGAUUGGCGCUCAAAUUCUUUCCAUGUCCGGUGCCACCAUUGCUUUCCUUGUUGGCGACUUUUAUGGACGUCGGCCCAUGUACCUGGCUGGAUGCAUUGGCCUCUCUCUGCUUCUCAUCUGUAUGGGAAUCUCUGGUUCAGUCAAUACUACCGCUGCUGUUACGGCGUCCGUUGGCUUUUACACCAUGUACAACUUCUUUUACAACGUGGGUGUUGGGUCAACGGUGUAUACCCUUGCAGGAGAGAUCCCCACGUCUGUUCUGCGAACCAAGACCCUUGCCAUCUCCAUCUCCAUCUCUUCAGCCGUCAACACCAUGUGGUCAUUCGUCGCCCCCUACAUGUUCAACCCCGGAUAUGGCAAUCUCAAGGCAAAGAUUGGAUUUGUCUAUGGUGCUUUCAUGGUCAUCUUUGCUGUCAUGGCAUUCUUCUUUGUGCCUGAAACUCGUAUGCGAAGUUACGAGGAGCUGGAUGAGCUUUUCAUGAACAAAGUCCCUACUCGUCAGUUCCGCAAGUAUGUCACUCUUGCUGAGCGACGCGCCGAGGAAGCUUAUGCGAUCGAGCAGGGGGUCAGGCAUAAGACGGAUGCUUAAGGUGAUGGGCCAGGAGGAUACGCGUUUAAAUGAGAGUCGAGUUAUAUUGUUAUGCCUUAUUUAUUCUGGUAGCUGGUAGCUAGUGACAAUAAAGUGUGAAGUUCUAUUGAUC